GCGGCAGGGGGCGCUGUUGCUACGGAAACCAUAUAUUCUGCCGGAAAUAGGACGCUACAUCCGGGUUACAGGAGUUCCUCCACGGUGGAAGAGGAAGGAGAGCGAUAACACGCGAAAAUGGGGUUCGUGAAAGUGGUGAAAAGCAAGGCCUACUUCAAAAGAUAUGAAGUGAAGUUCAGGAGGAGGAGAGAGGGGAAGACGGACUUCUUCGCCCGGAAGCGGCUGGUGGUGCAGGACAAGAACAAGUACAACACCCCCAAAUACCGCAUGAUCGUCCGGUUCAGCAACAGGGACAUCUGCUGUCAGAUCGCCUAUGCCAGGAUCGAGGGGGACCAGAUCGUGUGUGCGUCCUACUCCCACGAGCUGCCCAAGUACGGCAUCAGCGUGGGCCUCACCAACUAUGCGGCCGCCUACUGCACCGGGCUGCUGCUGGCCCGCAGGCUGCUGCACAAGUUUGGCAUGGACCAGGUGUACGAGGGCCAGGUGGAGGUGACGGGGGACGAGUUCAACGUGGAGAGCGUGGACGGGCAGCCGGGCGCGUUCACCUGCUACCUGGACGCAGGUCUCGCCAGGACCACCACGGGGAACAAGGUGUUUGGAGCCUUGAAAGGGGCAGUCGACGGCGGGCUGGCCAUCCCUCACAGUCUGAAACGCUUCCCCGGUUACGACCCAGAGAGCAAAGAGUUCAACGCAGAGGUGCAUCGGAAACACAUCAUGGGCAUGAACGUGGCCGACUACAUGUCCUACCUGAUGGAGGAGGAUGAGGACGCCUACAAGAAGCAGUUCUCUCGGUUCAUCAAGAACGGAGUCGCACCAGACGCGGUAGAAGAAAUGUACAAAAAAGCACACGCCUCCAUCAGAGCGAACCCUGUUCACGAGAAGAAGCCAAAGAAAGACGUCAAGAAGAAGAGGUGGAACCGCGCCAAGUUAUCUUUGCAACAGAGGAAGGACCGCGUCGCCCAGAAGAAGGCCAGCUACUUACGAGCACAAGAACAAGAGGCAGACGAGGGUUAGGAGUGUGGUGCAGCGGCGUCGCGCUGCAAGCAUGCAACACACAUCACAGACUAAUAAAUUUAUUACAAAUGCAAA